AUGCACCUCUGUCUCCAGCUCCACGAGAUCCUCGACGUCAUCCUUGAGUACAUCCCUGACAACUCAUCGCUCGCGCCACUCGCCCGCGUAUGCAAGGCAUUCAAGGAUCCUGUGCUCGAUGUGCUGUACGCAGAGAUGGACUUUGACACCCUGCUGAUGACCGUCGACCCCAAGCUGUGUGGAUGGGAGUUUCGCAUGGUCCAUCUAGACAUUGGCACCGGUGCUGAUAGUGGCGCACGUCAUCAGGGUGCAAUUGAUGUCUGGCGGACACUCGAGUUUAAACGGAGGUUGUCAAGCCGUGACUGGGACAUACUCCUACCCUAUGCCGCACGCGUCAAGAAGCUCUCAUAUCCUUGCUCUUCACGCAAAGCUGGGCGGGUCCGCUCAAAUAUUGGUCGUGCCCUUUCUCCGUGUCCCGUACCAUGCCUUUUCCCGAAAUUGAAGAAAUUACAAAUCCUGCUGCACGACGAUAUGGUAUCAUCCCUACCCCUAUUUAGCGGCCAUUCUCUCCAGGAGCUCAUAGUAGACGACGAACUGGAGAACAUUUCAUCUGGUUCAGCUAUUCAACGCAUGACGUUGGAUUGUCCAUUCGUGAACAGCUUUGCUUAUUCGCAAAUCUAUCGCAGAGCUAAGAGGUCGUGUGCCUCAGCGAUAUUCCCCGACGUUUUUUCGCAAUGGAGCUGCCUCAAAUCUCUGGACUGCAAGGAACUUGACAAACAGACUCUCGAGGUACUUCCGCAUCUAUCCAACCUUCGGACCUUGCAUCUUUGUCUAAACCCGAACGAUCCAUGGCUACUUGAUGGUACACAAUCAUAUCUUCGGUGUCUCGAUGAGCUCCACAUUCGUGCCGAUUCGUACAAGACUUGUGCCAGCGCCAUCGCACUCCUGUUCUCUCAACGCCAGCUUUCCUGCUCAUCAUAUUCACCGGCGUCCUACGUCACCACUGCUCCCCUUGACAACGAUCCACCCGACCUUUCCCACCCCCGCGUGCGCAGCCUUUACAUCACCAUCACUCCGACAUUCGGCAUGCUCACGCAGCACAAAUCCCAAGGCGCCCCACCAUCGCAUCUCUCGCUCACUCCCCUCUCCGACGCGCUAGCCGAGUUCAUAGCCCCUGAUGCGCUCACGCACCUACGCAUCGAGAACAAGUCCGCAUACACAAGCUACAGCGCGCUCUUCGAUGAGCCAACGGGGCUCGAGCGCCUUUCGCGCACGUUCGGCCGCAUCGAACGCAUGGAUCUCGUUCUCUCCCCCAAGGCAGCACUUGAUAUGGGCGCAGAGCGGGUGAUUGCGGUGCUUGGCGCGUGGCCAUGUCUAAAGCGUGCGCAUCUCCGCCUGCGCGAUGCGCUUGGGCUGAAGGAUAUGGGCCAUGUGCUGGGGGUGUGUCCGAGGAUGGAAUGGAUGGAUGUGAACGUUGUUGUGCGGGCACGAGAUGUGGGCGGUGCGGGUGGCAAUGGGCUACUAAUUGGUGCACCGAACCUAGACUCACAGCUCACGCACGUGUGGAUGGACUGGGAGGCCGAUGGGCUUGAACGGCCUAGCCAAAGUGUACCUACGGAUCUCGUUUCACCUACGGCGUGUCUCUUGAAGGGGACGAUGCCAUGUUUACAAUGUGUCGGACACAGGUACGUGGAGCGCGGGAGGGUUAGAUAUCAGUCACUAGAGGACUUUGAGAAUAACCUUCAAAAGGCUGGUCAUAUGACCUCAUCGGCAUCUUACAUUCCUUGUCAGUCGUUAUCCCCGUGGUGCGCGGUGCUGGAGGAGGUUAGUAGAUUACGGCUUUAG